AUGGUGAAAGUUAGAGUGAACAGAUUUGGCGAUAUUGGGUGCCUGGUCACCGGGGCAACUUUUAACUCUGGCAAAGGGGAUAUUGUCCUCAUUAACGACCCCUUCACUGACCUCAACUACAUGGUCUGCAUGUUCCAGUAUGAUUCUACUCAUGGCAAAUUCAAAGGCACCAUCCAGGCUAAGAACAGGAAGCUUAUCAUCAAUGGGAAAUCCAUCUCCAAAUUCCAGGAGGGAAAUCCCACCAUCAAAUGGGGUGAUGCUGGUGCUGAAUAUGCUGUGGAGCCCCCUGGUAUCUCCACUACCUUGAAGAAGUUUGGGGCUCAUGAAGGGUGGAGCCAAGAGGUCAUCACCUCUGCACCUUCUGCAGGUGCCCCCAUGUUUGUGAUGGGUGUGAACCAUGACAAGUAUGACAAAUCCCUCAAGAUUAUCAUCAAUGCCUCCUGCACUACCAACUGCCUGACCCCAGCCAAAGGCAUCCAUGAUAACUUUGCCAUCAUGGAGAGACCCAUGACCACAGUGCAUGCCAUUACUGCCACCCAGAAGACCAUGGAUGGCACCUCUGGGAAGCUGGGGAGUGCUGGCCAAGGGGCUUCCCAGAACAUCAUCCUUGCUCCAACUGGUGCUGCCAAGGCCAUGAGCAAGGUCAUCCCUGAGCUGAAUGGGAAACUCACUGGCAUGGUCUUCCAUGUUCCCAUCCUCAAUUUGUCAGCUGUGGAUCUGAUUUGCCAUCUGGAGAAAGCUGACAAACACGAUGACAUCGAGAAGGUAGUGAAGCAGGCAUCAGAAGGCCCCUCAAGGGCAUCCUGGGCUGUACUGAGGACCAGAUUGUCUCCUGCAACUUUAACAGUGACACCCAGUCCUCCACCUUCAAUACUGCUGCUGACAUUGCCCUCAAUGACCACUUCAUCAAGUUCAUUUCUUAGUAUGACAAAGGAGUAA